CUGGAUGCCGGUGGAGUUUUUCCCGGACAUGAACCUGGCGAAGCGGUCUGCCGUGGGCGACAUCUGGGCCUUCGCCACCACGCUGUGGGAGGUAUUCUCCUACGGCGUCUCGCCGGCCGAGACCAACCCCGUCCUCACUGAGAAGAGCUACGAGCUGGGCGACCGCCUGCUACGGCCGACGCACUGCCCGGGCGAGGUGUGGGCGCUGCUGGCUCAGUGCUGGCGCGCCUCGCCCAUGCGCCCGCAGGAAAUCAUGCGCGACAUCAACCACAUGCUGCACAGAGAAUACGUGCCUAUUCACGAAUAUGAAGAACCAAAGAUCUGCCUCAACCAUCCUAUGGAUACCACAGACACAGUGUCAAGCGACAGAUUUGCGCCAAGUGAGCUAAGCGACGCGAGCAGUAACAAGUCGCUAAUAUCGGACAGCAGCGCGCCUUCUCUCAACGGCACUCUUGUCAACCACUUUGAAAACCAUUUCCCCAACAACAACAAACUAGCCAGCUCCCUCGAGGGUAUGAGUUCCGUAGCGCUGGCGCUGCACUCGUCGUCUUCGCUUCGAAGCGCGAGUGCGCGCGCGCCGCUCGCCGACGACCCGGGAGAACAGUUUGUGGCGGGAGGGCAGCCGCGACGCAUGCAGCCGAUUGUCACGCGAGGGUCUACGUACUUUGUGACGCUGACUAAGAGGAUUGGAAGCGGCAACUACGGUGAGGUGUACCGCGGCUGGAUGGAGUGGGACACGGACGAGCGGCUGGAGGUGGCCAUCAAGAAGCUCACCAAGCAGGCGCACGCCAUAGACAAGGACAGCACGCUCUACAUCGACUUCAAGAACGAGCUCGAGAUCAUGAAGUCGUUGAACCACAACAACAUAGUGAACAUCCUGGGCUACUCGUGGAAGCCGGACGUGAUGAUCGUGAUGGAGUACCUGGAGGAGGGCUCGCUCAACUACUACCUCAAGUUCCAGGGCGACAAGCUGUCCAUCACGCACCUGCUCAUAUAUGCGAGGGACAUCGCCACGGGCAUGGAGUAUGUGUCCCGCAAGAACAUAGUGCACCGCGACCUGGCCACGCGGAACAUCCUCGUGGUGGACAAAUACCACGUCAAGAUCUCCGACUUCGGGCUCGCGCGCGCCAUACCCAAGGACGACGACAAAUACAAGCUCAAGACCGAGCGAUUGCUGCCCAUCAACUGGUACGCGCCCGAGUCUGCGAGUGACCCGUGGAUGUUUUCGACCAAGAGCGACGUGUGGUCAUUCGGCGUCACAGCGUGGGAGAUAUUCACGCGCGCCACACAGGAGGUGCCCAAGUUCGACAUGACGCGGCCCAAGGAGCGGGCUUCUUGCUUUCAAAUACCCGACGACUGUCCGUCUGAGAUCUACCGAUACCUGAUGACCGAUUGCUGGAACCUUGAGCCAAACCGGCGGCCCACCUUCACAGAACUCAAGAUUAAGGCCAAACGCUUUCUAGAGGACUACGACCAGGGCACGUAAGAACAUCCUAUACACAUAAUUCCAACAUGGAACUGAGUUUUAUACAGCAUUUUGACAGUGCGUUUGAUACCUAAGUACGGAAGUUUUGUCAUGAAUUUGUUGAAAGAUUCUGAACAAAUCGAACGAACGUUUUUAUGUAUUUUGCAAUAUCCUAAUGUUUUUACAGACGGUUUAAAUGAAUGUGCACAAAUAUACAGCAAUAGAUGAGCCAUUUUAUAUUAUUCUCGGUUAUUUUAACAUUUUAUAAUAGUUGUUUACUUAUUAUUUAUAAUGUUGCACAAUUUUCUAAUUCGUAUGUUUUUCUUGUAAUAAAGACUACGAUUUUAAGAGCAAACAGUAAGAUGGCUCUUAAAUAUUCUUGAUAAUUAUUUUUUAGACAUUGAGUGUCAAAGAUUAUAAAAAAACGAAUGUCGAAAGAAGUAGAUAUGAAUUGAAAAAAGAUUAUGGAAAUAAAUGUUUUAAAAUAUAAAUUCCGGUCAAUUUGAUAGUAAAUAUGAAGCGACAUGAAUGAUGAAGUUUGAUAAAUCUAUAAAUAUGAUGAAAAUGUGUUUUUGUGGUUCCUCGAAGCAUUUGCCUUAGUUCUUUAUUGAAACUUUAUUGUAAAUAUUUUGUUAAAUCAAUUUACUUUUAGCUUGUAAGUUAAAAUCGCAAUCUCAGUUUGUAUUUAAGUUUUAAUAUGUGCAAUCAAAUGUAAUGCAAUCUGAUAAAUAAAAACCGCAGUCCUAGCAGUUUAAGUUCAAAGGAAGAAGUAUUUGAAACAGAUAUUGAAAGUAUUUUCACAAUUCUCCUUGAGUUACGUGGGGCGUAUGUAGUGUGUGUAUAUUUGUAUGAGAAGUGGAAAGCACCGCGGAAGAACCGUUCCGUUCUUAUGAGAACGGCAUACGCCGCACGCACAUAAAGUGGUUCUAUGAAUAUGCAUUGAGAGGUACCGUAAACCUAUGCAUCCUUGCCAUAUCCGAAAGCAUUUUAAAUGUGUAAAAAUGCAUUUGAAAGAACUAUGGACUCGGGAGAUCAUUUUCUAUAUAUUUCUGUACUGAUUUCAUAGAGAUUGUAUGUAUAAUUUUAUUUAGGACUCUGCCCAGAUUUGAACAAAUGAGGUUGCGUGUAUUAUGGACUAUUAAACCAAAGAUAUUAUAACGAUUGUUCUAUCUAGUGAUUAAGAUUCGUUUAGGAUAAUUAUAUGUAUAAUAUUAUCACGUUUUAUGACGAUUUUAUGUAUAAUGUAAAUAUUUUAAUGAAUGUGACGCAAAGGGUGAAUAUUUAGUGUUUUAAAUUCAGAUCGUUUCACUAUUGUAUUUUAUUGAAUAAAUCAACAACUUACUUUUAAAAUUUCGUGUGAGUUCAAGGCGAAUCGUGUAAUUUUGAGAUAAUUAAUGCAAAUUAUUAUCAAACUAUAAUUAAAUCUAAACCAUGCCCAAGAGGAAAAUAAAUUCCAAAUAAAGAUUCAGAAUUUGCUGUGAAAUUUAAAAGCAAACAAAAAAGUUAAUGCGCUCAGCAUUUUGAAUUUGAAUCUUUGAUAAUUAUACUAUGAAAUCAGAGUCACCAAGUCCUGUAAUAAGUAAACAGCUAUACUAUAACUACUACUAUAUAAUAAACUAUACUUACUUAAUUGUAUGAAAUACUAAUUUGCUACACGAUUUCGCUGUGAACGAACAUUUUAUCUUAUCGGUUGGAACGUUUGGAGGGGGUACGAUGACAAAUGGAAUUGUGAUUAUUGGAGACUGAGAUUCGAGACGUCAUUCGGUGCUAGGAAAUGAAUUGAGCCUUAUUUUUUAUUGUUGGAUUAGAUAAACAGAAAUGUUAAUUAUAGUCACACGCCCAUGUCUUAACUAGAAAUUAAUGUCGAGAAAAUAAAUGAAAUUAUUAUGACAUGGGUGAAUUUUUGAGUGUGAGAGUAUCUUUCUCAAAUUUGACAAUAUUUAUUUUGGUGAAAUUGAUCACAACGUAAAUAAAAUUACGUAAACAAAGUGUGAAGAGUUUGAAUGUGAUUUUUCUCGUAACACGAGUUUUUUCUAUUUGUUAGAAAGUUUGCAAAAUUGAAUUAUUAUGAUGUUAGAUAAAGAUGAUGAGAUGGGGUCUUCAGUAAAAAUUAAUACGUUUUCUUCUUUGAGAAGUGUUUAGUAUAAAUUUAAAAAAUGUAGUCGGAAUAAUAAUGAUUUAACUUUGAAAGUUAAUUGAGAUUUGAGAGAUAAUAUUGAGAUAAAAGGCCUCAAGCCGCCGAUUUACGGGUAAGUUAAAAAAUAAAAAUAUUUUUAGUUCAUUGAAAUGUUUGUAUGAAAUUUAAAUUAUGACAAUAUGUGAUGGAAACGGCGUCAUUGUGUAGGGUGCGAACGAAGCGAUUAGUCAAUUCUGCCUUAUUGUACUGAAUGCGUUAAAUUUUUGAAUAGAAAAUUUUUUGAAUACCUCUUUUUACAUACGUAACUAUUCCCUUAGUGCGUGUUACGUGACGUCACGUCACUGCUCCUUCAUUUACGUGUAAAGUAUAAAUAAGUGACUACUAAACUGGGAUUUCUCUCCGCGGUAGAUUUAUUGAAGGGAGUGGGUUAGUUCUUAUGUAUUUGACACAUAAAUUAUUGCAAAUUAAAUAUUUACUCUUCUUCUAAAUUGUGUUGUUCAAAAAAUCAACUUGCAUUAUUUAUAUUACAUUAUGAAGUUUGAUAUCUCCAAUUUUUUUUUAAUGGACAUUUAUAAAGUUUUAAAUGCAACCUCCAAUGAAUCUAUCUUUGACGAAUAUAGGUUCACUAUCGGCCGUAUCAGUGUUGUAGCCAGAUGUAAAUAUUACUUGCAAUAAGUAAGCGUAGGUAGCCUUUGUUUAUAAUACAACUUUUGAGACUGGGUAAUAUGUAGUUUCGAACAAUGUAAAAUUGUUUAAACAAAUGUAUAUAGGGUGUCAGGAAUAGGUUGGCGGAACUUUUAGUUGAAAAUCUUUUAAUACAUUGUGGAAAAUCUAGCAAACCUCGAAAUGAAGAGGCAAAAUUAACUUUUAAAUAAAAUUUAGGCGAAAUAAAAAAAGAGUUAAAAAAUGUGCAAGCCUAUUUCUUACACCCUGUAUUUGUGUGCUCCAUACAAUCAGCCGAUAUUAUUGUAUCGCCGCAAGGUAUAACUUAUUAGUUAUUUUUAUGGUUAUUAUGAUUGCAAUAUUGUUGUUAAAUACGAUGCAAAGUGUAGGCUAGCUGACGCAUAUUGUUGUUUGGAUCUGCUCUCUUAGCAUUUUGCUAAAUAUUGUAGUUGUAUACUUUUAAUCGCACGUUUUAGUCGCAGAAGUAAAUAAGUACGUACAAAAUAUUUAUUUAGUGUUUUACA